CUGAGAGUAUGUUACUAUUGGUGACAGGUAAAGCCACAAUGUGAUGUGGCAUUAAGGAAGCAAAACAAACCAGCUCCCCGGUGGUGGACUCGUGUACUGUUAUAGAGUGACGUUAAUCAGCUGAAUAUAUUUAGCUAUUUAUUUCAUUGUUUUGUUUUAUAUGGUACUCAGAACAACAUGAGGAGACACAGAACUACUGAAGAAAGCAAUUUCUUGAAGAAUGACCAUGAAGCCCAAAGCUUCAAGCCAAAGAAAGUAUCCGGUUUUAACCAAGACCGUGGGAACAUCCUUUUGCUCUUAUUUUUAUAUGUGCUACAGGGUAUCCCUCUUGGGCUAGCAGCUAGUAUUCCUAUGGUUUUACAGAACAGAAAUGUUUCUUACAAAGAUCAAGCCACCUUCAGUUUAUCAUUCUGGCCUUUCAGCAUCAAGCUGUUGUGGGCACCCUUGGUGGAUUCGUUAUAUUUUCAGACAAUGGGACGCCGUAAAUCAUGGCUUGUUCCUGCUCAAUAUUUUAUUGGAUUGUUCAUGCUGAUUUUGUCAUCAAAUAUCAACCGUCUCCUCGGAGAAGAAACGGAUCUUCCUCCUAAUGUGUCCCUCAUAACAUGCGUCUUCUUUGCUCUGAACUUUUUAGCUGCAACACAAGACAUAGCUGUUGAUGGGUGGGCUCUUACUAUAUUAUCAAGGGACAAUGUUGGCUGGGCUUCAACAUGUAACUCAGUAGGACAGACAGCUGGUUAUUUCUUAGGGUAUGUCGUCUUUCUUGCCCUGGAAUCAAAGGAUUUUUGUGUCAACUAUCUGGGACAAACUGAUUCUGUGGUAACACUUCCUGGUUUUCUUUUUUUCUGGGGAAUUGUGUUCAUUUUUACAACCACUGCGGUUUGGGCGCUGAAGAGUGAAACUGAUGAAUCAGAGGUGAAUGCUGAUGAACCAGAAUUUGGAUUAAUUGGAACCUACAAAGUUUUAGGGAAAAUUCUACAGAUGAAAGUAAUACAACAAUUGAUAUUAGUUUUGUUGACAUGUAAGAUUGGGUUUGCUGCGGCAGAUUCAUUAACCGCGCUAAAACUAACCGAGACUGGAGUGCCUAAAGACCGGUUGGCACUUCUGUCAAUCCCCCUCACUCCUGUCCAAGUGUUCCUUCCACUCUACAUAUCCCGUUACACAGCUGGACCACAACCCAUGAAUCCCUUUAUGUUUGGAUACUCCCUAAGGUUAGUCUUCGGUUUGCUGUUUGCUGGUCUUGUAUGGAUCACUCCGUCAUACAAAGGUGACGAUGGAUCCUAUCCAUUGCAUUAUUAUGGCCUCAUAGUUAUUGUGUACUUGCUGCAUCAGAUCACUGUAAACUGUAUGUUUGUAGGAGUAAUGGCUUUCUUUGCUCGUAUUAGUGACUCGUCCAUUGGAGGAACAUAUAUGACUCUUCUCAACACCUUUACAAACCUAGGUGGAAACUGGCCAUCUUGGGUUGCUUUGCGAUAUGUUUCAGAGAUAACUUGGAAGUCUUGCUCAGGUGUUGAAAAUAUUUUAUCUUGCAAUAAGGAAGAGGAUAAAUUGGCUUGUGAAGCAGCAGAUGGUACAUGCAUUACUGACAUAGAUGGAUAUUACAUAGAAAGUUUUGCACUAGUAGUAGUAGGAUUUUUAUGGAUGCAGUGGGGUAUUCCAGUUAUUAAGAGACUGCAGAAUCUACCCUUGGAUUCAUGGUCAGUAUCACAAAGGGAAGACUGACAGUAACCCUUAGAUUAGGAAUACGUAUAUUUGAAAAAAUAUAUAUAUGUAUUUAUAGAACUAGAUGUUUACCAGAUAUUUAAUUUUUUAUAUUUUAUAUUCUGGCACAAAAAUAGUUGAGGUGAGUUGAUUUUCUUGAAGUAUUGUGCUUCCAUAAAGGUUGAUUUUCAUUCACAAAUGUAAAGAGGAGUAAAAUGGUUUUUAUAUAAGGAAGAAUAGUGCUACAUACGUACUUGCCUACCCAUUCCUUGUGCUCAUGCUGUUCUAGGUAGCUACGGAAGGUUCACAGAUUUAUAGUAAAACUGGGCCAUCAUUAUUUUAACUGAAAACCACAUCUUUUAAAUAAUGAUUCAGAGCUGAAUUAAAACAUUUAAAAGAUCUCUUUUAGUUUCAGUAAAGCACAUUAUAUUAGUGCUUAAGAAAAAUGUGUACAUAGUAUUGGGUUUUACUUUUGAUUUUAGCUACUUAGUAAGGAGUAGGUCUUACAUAUGAUUUUAUUAAACCAAAAGUCCUUUUUAGCAUAAAGUGAAAUGUUGGAAGUAGUAUUGAUACCGUUGUAAGUAACUGUUUAAUUAUUAUUUUAUUUUUUAUUUUCAUAACCUUGAUAUUGUUUAUAUAUAUGAGGUGGUAAGGUAUCCCAAAGAUUGGUAACAAUUUUACAUUAACAAUUUUUUUAUUUAUUAGUCUAAACAAGCAGUUGAUUUACUAUUAGAUGAGGCUUACAAAGUUAUAUCCAUUUUUUCUUACUGCAUGGUUUCCAGUCACAUUCUGGGAAUGCUGCAGUAUGGAACCAGGAUAAAAGAGAUGCAUACUCAGAAGUUUCUGUGGUCCUUUAUUUUGACAAUAUAAUUGAUAUCUUUAAUUUUUUUUGUUAAUCAUCAAGGGAAGUAGAAGUGUUAAAAUAGUAUAAAAUGGUGUGAAAUACAUUCCGUCAUAAAAAAUUCAACGUGCAAAUUUGUCAAGAAUGAAUUUAAAUUGACUUCAUACUAAGGGAUUGUACAAACUUUUAGUGACUUAUAGACACAUAUGGCUGUUUGUGGUUCUUAGUGUAAACUGAAUAUGGAUUAUGGCCUAAGUGAGAAUUUUCCACAAGAAUAACCUUGGAGUUCAGCUGUGAAUGCAUCUUUUCAGUUUUUAUCCCAACUUGUUAAUUUUAAAUGUGUUGUAAUGAUUUGUGUCAUCUUGAUUUUAUUUCCUCUCAUAAGGUAGUUUAGCAUUAUACGUAAUUGUUUUUUGAGCCAAGAAAGGCAAGGUGAAGGCAGUUGAAGAUGAUUCUCCUCCCCUACUGGGAGUGGUGAUGCAAGUACGUGUAUUUUAUUAACCAUUUUCAUAACAAACAGUUUAUGUAGUAAAAAGGAUAUUUCAUCCUAUCCAUGAUUAAGGUCACUGAAUAUUGUUAUGAUAAUUCUGCUUUUUUUUUUUUAAGGCUCACAUUGUUUGUGUUGGAAGUUAAUCUUUUUGUAAAGGAAACAGCUAUUAAAUCUGGAUUUUCUUUUCAGUACUUUACCUGAUAAUGCAUUUCUGAAGUGAAGGCAUUUUCGAAAAUAAGACAUUGUUUUAGCAGUGUUGACUGGGUUGUGCUUAUAGUAAGAAUAAUCGUGUCUAGUUACAUGUUUUAUACUUUUUUAUGAUAAAGAUCUGGUUUGUUAUAGGACUUGUGUAUUUCAUAAAAUUGUUCAUAAAUGUUAAUACUUUAUUCUGAAAGUAUUUCACCUUACUUAAAAUCUGUGCAUACUUUUGUGAAUUUUCUGUUAAUACAGUGUGCUUCAAAAUGUUGUUUAAAUUAUCCAUUAUUCAUAUAUGGUACAAACCCUGGUCUUUACUUAGAGGAAAAUCUCUUAAUGCUAACUAGAUCCGGUUAAAAAUUUUAACCAGAUCCAGCUAGCGCCAAGAGAUUUUCCUCUAUGUAAAGACCUUAGGUUUGUAGUUAUGAAACAUACAAAUUGUUUAAACAUUUGUCAUUUAUGUUAAUUUCUAGUAGUGGGAUUAUGUCAUAGAUCAUACCCUACUUGGCUGGCUGAUGUAAUUUCAUACACCACAGUACGUUUCAUGAUUUCAUGUAUUUCAUCCUGAACAUAACACACUAACCAACAGAAACUGAGGUAAAGAGUUUUUUCUUUGUAAAACAGUUUCCUUGUGAGUUAUUAGGCAUAUACAAACUUGACACUGAAAUUAUUAAUUUUUUUCCCUUGAAUUUCAUUUCAAUGGUGGUUUUGUUAGGAAAUGACAGUCUAUCACUAAUUAAUACUGUACAGAUUAUAUCAACACUAAAUUGAUAAAAUAUUGUCACAUGAACUCUGAAUCAAGGAGUGUUGACAAUCAUAAAUAUUGUUUAUUUUUAGAUGCAUAAUUUGAACAAUAAUCCACUUACUGAAGCUUAGAUUCAUAAAUGUCAGGUCACUAACAUUUAAAUGUGACACAUCACCUUUGGAUACCUGUAAUCUUUCUUGGUGGGUUACGCACAGUUAUUUCAGUGAUGUGGUUAGACAGGCAAUGCCUUGUGUGCCUAGCCUGAGUUGUCAUUCAGCUUCAUUGAUUCAGAGAUUGAGAUGCUGUCCUUCAGAGUAUAUGUGGUAAUGUCUGCUUGUGUCUUACCUUGUGUCAAUGUUCAUUCAGAGAUGAAUUUUAGAUGAACUCUUUAAAUAGAAGAUACUCAUUCAAUAGUUCCAUACCGGACAGCCUUGUAAGUCAACCCCUUAGUAAUUUUUCCGUUUAAUCUUGUUCAGUAUUAUCAGAUAAUCAUUUUGUUAAAAUUGUAAAAUUUGGGAAUUCGAUGAUGUUUCAAUACCUUUUCAUUUAAUAAAUAAAACAAACAUGAAUACAGUACAAUUUAUGAAAAUUUAUUUCACUUGGAAUAACAAACUGUACAAUAUAAAUUUAUUUCUGUAUGGCUCAGCAUGCCACUUUUUUCAUUUGCCUUUGAAAACCAUUUGAAUUAUUAUUUUCAGUAAAAAUAGAGAAAUUUAUGAAACUGUUUACAUUGAAUGUGUUUGGUAUGUCAUUCCAGCAUUUUUUGAAGAAUUAUAGUAUGUUCAGCAGUUCACCAGUCUUUAUGAAUUUCAGUGCAUUAGUCGUUGUAUACUUUUGCUCAGCAUUUGAGCCUGUACUAAUGUUUCUUAGUAAUGAUCCCAAUGUAUUUGGUUUGUAUCCAUGCUUCUUUAGACUGUAGCCAUAUGAAUGAGCUGGCUAAGAUAGUCAGAAAACCUUUUGUCAGUGUUGUGAUAUUAUUUAUUAAAAUGAAAAUAAAUUUGUUACAUUGAAGCUUUAGUGGAUUUGUAACUUUGCACAAAUAUUUAUUUGGAUUGGAAUUAUUACUUAAUAUACUUUAGGCAGUGGUCAAGCCUAGCCUACCCUUGGCAAUUUUGAUAGGUCAGUUAAUCCAACCUGGUGCAUCUCCCAUAAAAUUCAGAUCAUCACCUCUGUAAAUAUGCAGUAUUAUAAUAGGUGCAUUGACUCAAAAUGUUUGUUUGUAAAUGUCUGGUCAUUUUUGAUACAAGUCUUAAUGUGACUAUGCCUAUAACAAUACUUUUUCCUAAACUGAUUGAUUCUAGAAAUAUACAAUAUUAUAUACACAUUACCAUAAUUCCCACAAAAUCAGGUAAUAAUACAUAGUGAGUGCGUAGUUAUAUAUGGAAUUUUUUCUUAACACCUUUUGUAUUGUAUCCAAUAUACAGUCGUAAUUUUUCUUCACUGUUCAGGUUUGUUUAAAACUAUGAUGUUUAUUUGCCCUGGAACACUUUUGCAUUAUUCGUACACAAACCAGUUAUUUGAAUGGAGGUGUGUUCUUCACUCUGACUGAAUAAAAACAGUAAAAUCAAAGGUGAGCCAGUUAGCCAUGAUUAGCAGUGGGUCUCGCCAAUGAACAUUCAUUCGUUUUUGUCUCUAGCAGUGUCCCUUGGUACAGUAUUAAAUGUAAAACUUACAUUUUGGCAAUCCGUCAACAGAUUGAUUUUUUUAUGUUGAUACAGUAAUAAAAUGAGUUUUAUAUAUUAUGUACAAUUAAAAAUGUUCAAUCAAAUAUUCACUUUAGUGUAUGUUCUACGUACAUAUAUAGCUCAUCAUGCCAGUUAAAAAGAAAUUCGUUCCUUGUUACAAUCUUAUUUGUAAUUUUGAUAAGAAAUCCUUUUCUUGUUACAAUCUUAUUUGUCAUUUUGAUGUUUUUCUAAUAAACCAAAUGAUUGCUAAUGCUUUCAUAGAAUAAAAUAAUGAUCAAAUUUGUUAUCUUAAGAGAUGAUAUUAGUGUGUACUGAUAUUCCAAAAAAAUGCUGGUAUAUAAUAUUGCUUAGGGUGUUUGAAACAUAUAUGGUAUGGUUUGCAAAUAAGUAUAUUGAAAGCAGUUGUGAAUUAUGAGGCUUAAUACAGCAUACAUUGUAAAUAUUCAAGACAUUGAAUAUGGUUAUACAUACAUGAAUAGUAUUCUGAA